UUAAUUCCGACAAAAGAAUCAUUAUACGCAAAUUUCAUGUAAUAAAGCCCAGAAUCGGGGGUUAUGUAACCAGUACGGCGUCGUAAGUAGGAGUAGUCGAACUAAUACGAUGUCGUGUAACAACAGUGACAUUGUCGUCUUCAAAUCAAAGGGAAAAAAAAAUCGCCAAUCCAUAGAGAAUUACGAUGCUUCUGGCAAGAUUUCUCAGUUCCAGGUUCACUUCUCCGAGUCUUUCCUCGUUAAUUUCUAUAUUUUCUCGCUCAAUUUCAUCACUACCUGAGAAAGUCCCCACUGAUUUUGACGAAUCUCAUGUUCUGAAUCAACUUUCCGACCUUUUACCCAUCCGUCGAACCUCUUCAAUCGAAAAACCCAUUCCUGCAGAUUCCUCUGAACAAAAAAAUCAGUUUAGAGUUUUCGAUGAGCUUUUAACUCCCGAAGAUAAGUUACGCGGCAUUUUUCUUCAGAAGCUUCAGGGCAAAACUGCAAUCGAGAAGGCACUGACAUCUGUUGACGUUGAAUUAACGGUUGAUUUAGUUGCUAAAGUAGUAAACAAGGGGAAUUUAGAUGCUGCAUCAAUGGCUACAUUUUUCAAUUGGGUUAUCAAACAACAAAAAAUACCUAUUGAUAAUGAUGCUUACUGUAUAAUUCUUAAAGCAUUAGGGAGGAGGAAGUUUUUCGGGCAGAUGGUUGAAAUGUUGAAGAAAAUGAGGAAUCAAGGAGUUAUCCCUGAUUCAGAGACGCUUAACAUUGUUGUUGAUAGUUUUGUUCGAGCUCGACAAAUUUCAAAGGCUAUACAAUUGUUUAGUGGAUUAGAGGACUAUGGAUUGAGAUGUAAUACAGAGACACUUAACGUUGUUUUACAGUGUUUAUGUCGUAGAUCACAUGUAGGUGCUGCGAGUUCAUUACUUGUGAAAAUGAAAGAGAAUGUUUCUUUUGAUGUCACAACCUAUAAUAUAGUCAUUGGUGGGUGGUCGAGAUUCGGAAGAGUUAAGGAAGUCGAGAGAACCUUGAAAACCAUGGUGGAUGAUGGAUUUGAGGCAGAUAGUUUGACUUAUAGUUAUGUUCUUGAAUGUUUAGGGAGAGCUGGUCGAGUUGAUGACGCUAUUGAAAUUUUUGAGGGUUUGGAGGAAAAAGGGUGUGUACUUGAUGCUGAGAUCUACAAUGCAAUGGUUUCGAAUUUCAUUGCACAGGGUGAAAUUGAUGAAUCAUUUAAAUAUUAUGAGAGGAUGUUAAACACGGAGAUCGAGCCAAAUGCUGAUACUUAUAUGAGACUAAUAUCUGCUUUUCUGAAAGCUAGAAGAGUAGCCGAUGCAAUUGAAAUGUUUGAUGACAUGUUAAGCCGGGGGAUGCUUGUAACUACAGGGACUGUAACCUCUUUUCUUGAGCCUUUAUGUAGCUAUGGUCCACCGCAUGCAGCUCUAAUGAUUUAUAAGAAGGCGAGACAAGCUGGAUGUAGGAUAUCCUUGACUGCAUACAAGUUGCUGCUUAUGCGGCUUUCUAGGUUUGGGAAAUGUGGUAUGCUGUUAAACAUCUGGAAUGAGAUGCAAGAAACUGGUUAUUCUUCCGAUAUGCAAGUUUAUGAGUAUGUCAUCAAUGGGCUUUGUAACAUAGGACAACUUGAAAAUGCUGUCCUGGUAAUGGAGGAAGCUUUAGAGAAAGGAUUUUACCCUGGCAAGCUUAUUUGUAGCAAAUUAAACAACAAGCUACUAGGUUCGAACAAAGUAGAGAUUGCAUACAGGCUUUUUUUAAAGAUAAAAAUUGCACGUGGAAAGCAAAAUUCACAAACAUACUGGCGUGCUAAAGGGUGGCAUUUCUAAUCUUUGCACAGUCAGCUGGUUCGUGCAACUGUAUCUGCUUUCAGAGUGAUGAAUAUGACAAUAAUCAAGGAUCAACCUUCACUACCCUUUGCUGCCACUGGCAAUGAACUGAAUCUGCCUUUUUCUUUCCAAAUGGGCAUCCAUUGCCUUGUACAGAAGGGUAAUGUUUGAGAAAUUAUGUGAAGGAGCAGGGACUGAAGUAUUGUUUUGCAUUAUCAUGGAGGGGGUAAUAUAUGAAAAAUUUGUUGAAACUCGAGGGACUGAAGUGUUACUUUUCUUUGCUAGAAGUUGUUUUGCGGGAAGUAUGGAGAAGUCAUUCCAAUCUGAGUCACAUAUUUAACUUUGACUAUUGAGGUUAAUUGGGAUGGAGCAGGACGUGAGUUUUGUCUCUCAUCAGUUUUGGGAGUGUUAUUUCUUUAUCAGCGGACAUUUCCUCAAGGAAAUCGUAAAAGCUAGACUCUUGAAAAUAAAUGUUUCGUCAAUCUCCCAGAAGUAAAGAAGUUGGAAUUCCAUGAAAUCUCUGCAUUUCCCAUCUGUUUCAAGUUGUACUCAGAUGGAACAUAUGAAAUUGGAGGAACUGUUACAACGUAACUGUGGUUCUUGUAUGUACAUAGUUUGGUUAUACAUGCAAGGAUGUAAAUUUACUUUAAUGUUAUAAAGCAUGAUGGGAACUUGACGUCUUUGUGUCAAUGCCGUGACAAAUAUGUGGCCAGUUUUGACUUGCAGAAAUGGUAUCUGAUGCUAUGGUUGUAAGGAUUAAAUAUCACGGAACUCGUUAAUAGGCCAGAUAAAGCCCUCAAGUCCUUUCAGGAGAUGACGUUAAAGGAGAUUCAACCUGACCUGCUGCUUUAGUGAGCUUUUACGCCUCUAGUAUUGCUCGGACCAUAAAAUUCCUUUGAGCUGUUCUUUUCAUGGAUUUAUAUACUUGAGGAGAUGUUGAUUGAGGAAGACAUAACUUUGAUGGAAUGCCAUGGUUGAUACGUAUGCUAACUUGGGUUUUACUGAUUGCACUCAUGAGAGAUCCAUGUUAAGGAUGUAGUUUUGUGGAACAGAGUGACCACAAGCAAUGCUCAAAAUGGCCUUGCAAGAGAGGCUAUUGAAGUAUAGGACAGUGAUGAAUGGCCAUGAUGCGUUUGCACCAAUCUGAGGACCUAGGAUGAUCAUCUUACCAGCACGUGCCAUUUAGGAGCAUGGCAAGAAGUGUGAGGUGACUCAUGGGCAUAUGUGCGGGGUUGUUCUUCAUCUGUCUGUCUUUAUUUGUACCUUCCUCAUCGACCUCUAUGAAAAACAUGCAAGAGGCUGGACGAUCAUUGUCAUGGUAUCCAUGGGAACGGUAUGCUAUCUCUGCAAUUGUUUAAGGAUCUGCUGGAAAUACAUGUUUUCUCCAUUGUAAAUUGCAGGCCAUUAAGAAUUUGUUGAAGAAGGUGAUCUUGCAAGUAUUUCCGCGCAACGGAGGAGUUUGUUAUUAAGCCUACACUAAACAAGCUUGUCAUUUUGGCCAGAUGCUUCUCUCUGGGAUGCCCAUCCUGUUGCUGACAGAGUCUUUAUGGAAAUACAGAGCUGGAUAAAUUAGCUACAUAUAAUUUUUUGAAGUCAGAUCCCAUUUUCCGAGGUGUCGGUCUUGUUGGAUUUUAACAUAUAUGUAUUGCACUCUUAUUCAAUUCCAUAUACGUACGUAUUUUAGUUAGUA